CUUUCGCGGUUUUGAGUGGCGGUUCAUGAUCAAGGAAAAACCAACACUUGCUGAUUUUUUAAUUUAAAAUCAAUACUUUUGGAAGACCAAAACUCUUAAGAGAUGUUUUAUCACAUCUCUUUGGAGCAUGAGAUUCUCCUCCAUCCACGAUACUUUGGACCGAAUCUUCUGAACACAGUCAAACAGAAGCUGUUCACCGAGGUGGAGGGAACAUGUACUGGGAAGUAUGGCUUUGUUAUUGCAGUGACCACAAUCGAUAAUAUUGGGGCCGGUGUUAUCCAGCCUGGCAGAGGUUUUGUGUUGUAUCCCGUCAAAUACAAAGCCAUCGUGUUUCGUCCCUUCAAGGGAGAAGUUGUGGAUGCUGUUGUCACACAGGUUAACAAAGUUGGACUCUUUACAGAAAUUGGCCCCAUGUCUUGUUUCAUUUCUCGUCAUUCUAUCCCCUCCGAGAUGGAGUUCGACCCAAACUCAAAUCCUCCGUGCUAUAAGACAGUCGAUGAGGACAUUGUGAUCCAACAAGAUGAUGAAAUUCGACUGAAGAUUGUGGGAACUCGAGUGGAUAAGAAUGAUAUUUUUGCCAUUGGAUCUCUCAUGGAUGACUACCUGGGUCUUGUGAGCUGAUUCUUAUACCAAGAAUAUGGGAAUUAUGAAAUGCUGUGGUGAUGCUAAAUAGUUUGUAUAUACUGUAAUUAUAUACUGUAAUGCCUUUUUCCUUUCUCUUGUUUUAUUGUCAUUUUUAUGCCCAUGUUAGUAUAUUCAUAGUUUUUUCUUGGUAACAGUUGAAUUGUGAAACAGCAUAAAGUCACAUUGUAACAAACUGUAGUUCAGCAGUGGCUCUGUGUGAUGAAAGACUUUCAACUGUUUGAUUUAAAGAGAUGCAGCAGAGAAAAGAGUCAAUAUCUUCAGUUGGGCUCUUCUGAAAGACCCUGUGAGCAAAACCAGUUCACAAGCAUGUUAUUAGAAGACCAAAGUAAUCAUUCAUCACUUUAUUACAUAAGGUCAUUUUUAAGCUAUUUUUGUAAAUGCCAGCCAGUCUGUACUUGAAUAUCUCUUUCUUUUGUAAUACAACACUCUCUAAAAAUGUGCUACAUGUCUUUGUUUGGUUUUCUUGUUUUUGUUAUCGCUUGUUCUGAGAUCUUUUUUGUAAGAAAGGCUUAAUAGAUAGUUCACAGUGAGCAUUGCAGAUUUUUGCCAACAGCUUUGGAAGCGAAAUGUUUGUAACUGAAGCUUCCUUUCAUGCCAGUCACACAGAAGCUCACUGCCUACUGGAACAUUUAAAGGAAUAGUUCAUCCAAAAACAAUAAUAUUUGAAGAAAAUGUACUCACCAUCAGGCCUUUCAAGAUGUAAAUUUGAUGUAGACAGUUUGUUUCUUCAUAGGAGCAAUAAAUCAUUUGCUUACGA